GUUCAGCCUGCCAUCUCACUCAUUACAUUGAAAAAAAAUCAGCUUGCAUUGUCUGUUUGUGUGUGCACAGGGUCCUCCAUUUCCUUGUUCUGUAAUUCCUGCUUGUGAAAUAAGUAAUCAUCACAUUAAAUUUGACUGAGUCACUAGGAAAGAGCCAUUAACUUUCUCCAUAAAAUGAUACUUCAUGCAAGGCUUGUUUUCCUGGUAGGAAGUGUGUCUGGGAGGACUGGGAGAAACCAGCAGCAACUUAACAUGAUGCUUUCAUUAGAGACUUUUUAUUCUCAGGGUCUUUCGUAGUAUACAUACAGCAUGACAACAGAGGAGGAUCUCAAUCUUAUUUAAGAAGCUUGGUGGCACACCAAAGCUGUGGGAUGCACACCCAAGAAAAGGGAAUAAAUUCCCUCUUGUUUGUUACUCUUGCUUUUGAUCAGCUUUAGCACAUUCUGAUGAGCAGAAUCACAGAAACACCAAAGUUGGAAAAGACCUACAAGAAGGUCCCUGUGGAGGUAGAAUAUGUCACUGACAACUAUUGCAGAAAGUAAUGGAGUGGCUGCUGGUAAGAAAGAAGUAACAUCUUCACAGGAAACAGAAAUCAAGUAGGCUGAUGGGGUUGACAUCAAUGCUCAGAAAAUGCCAGAGAGCUCCCAAAGUGCACACAUGAGAACAUGGCAAAACUGAGAAGAGUUGAUGCUGGAAGUGGGAGGAGAGAAGGAACACUUAGCAAAAGCAAGAAGCUAGAGACUGAGUAAGGGAGACCUCCAUGUAGUUUUCUUACUAAGCUCUGUGCUGAAAAUAAUGAAGGAGUUAAUCAUAAUGCUGAAGCAGAUGCUUAGCUCAGCAAAGUUCCAGGACGACCAGCCAAGAACCUGGUUUAUUGGUAAUCUGUAUUUAUGUAUUAAUGCACAGGCAUUAUAUUUUAUUUGUAUGUGAUUCCACAGAGUAUUUUAAGUAGUGUAAUUAGUUUGCUGUUGAAUAGACAAAUAUGUUAUUCUUUUAUAUAUGGAUAGAUGGUAGGACUAGAAAGAUCUCUUAUGCUCUGUAAUUUCAUUCAAUAAUUUAAUUAUCUAGCUCCAUAGCUCCAAAGCUGGAACUGGAGGUUUUUUCUGGCCUGACAGCUACAGCCUAGUGACUUAAUCUUCUGGAAAAACUCUCUAGGCUGGUCUGGUGGAAAGAUCUUAUAUGAGUGGUACAUUUAGCAAUAUUUGACACAGUUCUUCAUUUGUAAGGGUAUUAGAUCCAUUUUUGAUUCAAUUGUUCUGUUGCUAUUGCUGUUGUUUUCCUGAUGGCAACACUGUUUGAAAGCUUGCUGUUCCAUAUGUGUUAUUUAAAUAAAGCAUAAUAGGAAUGUGGAAUGAUAGAAUGUCUGUAGGACUUUCAGUUGGGUUCUCCCUCCACUCUCUUCAGAAUCAGCUUGUAUGUGAAAUACUCUAUAGGGCUUUGCUGCAGCCACUCAAGAGGGCCCAGAAAGAUGAAUAAUCUCAGAGAAAAGCUGUGGCAUAUUUUACAAAGUUUUGUGAAGUGAAAUGAAGCUGUGAGCUGCAGGAACAAUUGCUGUUUGAUGGUUUGGGCUUUUUGCAAGCUUGAGUGUAUUUACGAAGAGGAAAUCUGUAGAAGAGUAUCCAUUACUAAAUGCAAUUAGUGGGGGAAAAACAACAGCAACUUGCUGUGAUUCUUGUAAAGAGCUUUGCUGAACUCCUGGGAAUAGAAGCUACUGAUGCUUCUGGUUCCAGAACUGUUCUUAAUGGUUUUAUUACUCUAUUCCCUCUUCUACUGAACUUCCCUUGAUUCUAAAAAAAAUUAAAAUCAUCUGCACAUAGAACGAUUGAACGAUAGAACGAACAUAGACAAAUGGAGUGGAGAAGCAAACUCUGAAGUCUUUGCAGCCCAGGCACCUAGGAGGAGGAAUCUCUGGCACCAAAUUCCUGUAGAACAGAGGGCGUUUACUGAGACUAUUUUGCAGAAGACAGGAUUUUUUUGCAACAUUCGUAAGUUCUGUACAUGUAUUUGAGUAGUAUGCUUGCUAGUUAUUUGUAAGCACUCUAUUAUUUAUCUUAAGUUGUGAUUCAGUUAGACAUUGUAAAAAAGUGUUUCCUUGUUUAUCAGAUCAAGCUUUAAUCACAUGGGCUUCAAGAGUUAGGUGGGUUACGUGUUUUUCCAGGAGAUGUAUAUUUCUUUCAAGAAUAUUUCUAUUGAAUUUGAAUGUUGUGUUUUUUUUUUUUUUCCAAAUUCAAACUUAAAAGGAAAUGCAGCUUUGUCUGCAUUAUCAGAGAUACUGACAGUGGGCAUUAGAAAUAGAAGCACAUGCAGUAACUGAGACAGGUUUGAGUAAAUUGGCAGGAAGACAAGAUUAAGGCUGUUCUGCUUAUUCUAAUGUUAUAGAUAUUCUGUGUAAAUUACAUGAUUCCAUUUUGCAUAGCCAUCUCCCUGAUGCUUUUGGCUUGAUUCACGUUGAUUUAAGUGAGACUAAAAUUAAAAAUCAUACAUGUCUGUAUUCCUACUAUAUUUUUUUCCUUUUUUUUUAUAUAAAAGUAUGUUUGUAACUUUUUACUUACUGUGCUUGUUCUUCUGUACUUCUGGUAUCAUGUUCCAAGGGAGAAUAUUUUUCUAUAGAGAACUUCUUACUUACAGAACAGUUAACAAAAAACAGUUAUUCUCUCAGGGUGAUUGGACACAGGGACACAGAAAACUUGAAAGGUGAGCCCAGAAGACUCAGCAAUUUGAAUUGCAGUCUUUAGUGUUUCAUCUGUACUUUGCUGUUUUGCUUCCAGUUACCCUAAAUGUGCACAUUGAUGUUUUAUUUCCAUGUAUGUUAUAGAAAAUGGUAGGAAAUGCAAAAGCCUGACAAGUCUCUUUCCCAUCCUGCUUGGAAAGGAAAAAGCUGCAUGUUCAUCAUGUCUUCCAUUCUUGAGAAGAUGAAGAAAUUUGGCAGUUCUGACAUAGAAGAAUCUGAAGUGACAGAUGAACACACAGAUGGGGAAGAUUCUGCAUUGGAAGCACCUGACAACCUGCAGGGUACAUUCAGCAGCAAGGUGCAGCCAUCCAGAAGCAAUAUCUUCGCAAGACGUGGACGAUUUGUGAUGGGGGAUAGUGACAAAGACAUGGCUCCAAUGGAUUCCUUUUACCAGAUGGAUCACCUGAUGGCACCUUCUGUCAUCAAAUUUCAUGCCAAUAUGGAGAGGGGGAAACUUCACAAGCUCCUGUCAACAGAUUCCAUCACAGGCUGCUCUGAAAAAGCUUUCAAAUUUUAUGACCGCAGAAGGAUCUUUGAUGCUGUAGCCCAAGGCAACACAAAGGACCUGGAUGAUCUGCUGCUCUAUCUUAAUAGGACCUUGAAGCAUCUCACAGAUGAUGAAUUCAAAGAACCAGAAACUGGGAAAACCUGCUUACUGAAAGCCAUGCUGAAUCUACAUGAUGGGAAAAAUGAUACCAUUCCCUUGCUGCUGGAUAUUGCAAAGAAAACUGGAACUCUGAAAGAGUUUGUGAAUGCAGAAUAUACUGACAACUACUACAAGGGCCAGACUGCACUCCACAUUGCCAUUGAGAGAAGGAACAUGUACCUGGUUAAACUCUUGGUCCAGAAUGGAGCGGAUGUUCAUGCAAGAGCAUGUGGGGAGUUCUUCAGGAAAAUCAAAGGGAAACCUGGUUUUUAUUUUGGAGAGCUGCCCCUGUCUCUGGCUGCCUGCACCAAUCAGCUCUGCAUUGUGAAAUUCCUCCUUGAGAACCCCUACCAGGCUGCUGAUAUUGCUGCUGAGGACUCCAUGGGCAACAUGGUCCUGCAUACUCUGGUGGAGAUUGCAGAUAACACUAAGGAUAAUACCAAGUUUGUUACCAAGAUGUACAAUAACAUAUUGAUCCUUGGUGCCAAAAUAAAUCCUAUCCUGAAGUUGGAAGAACUCACCAACAAAAAAGGGCUGACUCCAUUAACAUUGGCAGCCAAAACAGGGAAGAUAGGGAUUUUCGCUUACAUCCUCAGACGAGAGAUCAAAGAUCCUGAGUGCAGACACUUGUCAAGGAAGUUCACUGAAUGGGCUUAUGGACCUGUCCACUCAUCUCUUUAUGACCUGUCCUGCAUAGACACAUGUGAGAAAAAUUCAGUGCUUGAAAUUAUUGCCUACAGUAGUGAAACACCAAAUCGUCACGAGAUGCUGCUGGUAGAACCCCUUAACAGGCUGCUGCAAGACAAGUGGGACCGGUUUGUCAAGCACUUAUUUUACUUCAACUUCUUCGUAUAUGCAAUUCAUAUCAGCAUCCUGACCACGGCUGCCUACUACAGACCUGUGCAGAAGGGGGAAAAUCCUCCCUUCACUUUUGGUCACAGCACUGGGGAAUAUUUUCGAGUGACUGGAGAGAUACUGAGCGUAUUGGGAGGACUGUAUUUUUUUUUCAGAGGGAUACAGUAUUUUGUGCAGAGGCGCCCAUCAUUGAAGACACUGAUAGUUGACAGUUACAGUGAAGUUCUUUUCUUUGUUCACUCUUUGCUCCUCCUGAGCUCUGUGGUGCUGUACUUCUGUGGCCAGGAACUGUAUGUGGCUUCCAUGGUCUUCUCCUUGGCUCUGGGCUGGGCUAACAUGCUAUACUACACCCGUGGCUUCCAGCAGAUGGGCAUUUACUCUGUCAUGAUUGCAAAGAUGAUCCUAAGAGACUUAUGUCGCUUCAUGUUUGUCUAUCUAGUAUUCCUCUUGGGAUUUUCCACAGCUGUGGUGACUCUAAUUGAAGAUGACAAUGAGGGGCAGGACACAAAUAGCUCUGAAUAUGCCCGAUGCAGCCAUACAAAGCGAGGCCGCACAUCCUAUAACAGUCUGUAUUAUACCUGCUUGGAACUUUUCAAGUUCACUAUUGGGAUGGGAGACCUGGAGUUUACAGAGAACUACAGGUUCAAGUCCGUGUUUGUCAUCCUUUUGGUUCUCUAUGUCAUCCUUACGUACAUCCUCCUGCUCAAUAUGCUUAUUGCACUGAUGGGAGAAACUGUGAGCAAAAUUGCACAGGAGAGCAAGAGCAUCUGGAAACUCCAGAGAGCCAUUACAAUCUUGGAUAUUGAAAACAGCUACUUGAACUGUUUGAGGCGCUCGUUCCGAUCUGGAAAGCAAGUCUUGGUGGGGAUCACACCUGAUGGCCAAGAUGAUUACAGAUGGUGCUUUAGAGUUGAUGAAGUGAACUGGUCCACGUGGAAUACUAAUCUGGGCAUAAUCAACGAAGAUCCUGGGUGCUCUGGGGACCUCAAACGAAAUCCCAGUUACUCUAUUAAGCCUGGUAGAGUUUCAGGGAAAAACUGGAAAACUUUGGUUCCACUUUUAAGAGAUGGAAGCAGGAGAGAGGAAACGCAAAAACUUCCAGAAGAAAUCAAGCUAAAACCUAUUUUGGAACCUUAUUAUGAGCCAGAGGAUUGUGAGACGUUGAAGGAAUCACUUCCAAAGUCAGUCUGAUUUUCUUUUGUUUUUAAGAAGAAGGCCAAUUGUUUGUGUUGGUUCUUACAAGGAGGACAAUUAAAACACUUCCUUCAGAAGAAGAGGGAUUUAUGGAAAAAGACCAAAGAAGUUAGGAAAUGACUGUGUGCAAGGAUUCAUUAAGUAUCCUGAAUAAACUACUCGUUGUUUAAA